AGAAGGAAAACUCCAUUUAGCGCCGCUAUUAGCACUAACCACGGUGAAAACAACCCCAUUAUUAUUAACCCCAGGUUUUAACCCAAAGCCCGUCAAUUAGCGGCGACAAUAAAGCAAUUAACCCAGAGCGCGGAGGCAUCCGUAUCUCCCGGGAGUUUCCGCUCCCUUGCCCGACACCCCCGCCUCCCUCCUUCCUCGAACUCCUCGCCGCCGGCUCUUCCCAACUCCGCUGACUCGCCUCGCUACCCUCCCUGCCCCUGCCUGCUCCAGGUCCCAGAUUCGUCUGGACGGUCUCCGGCACCUCGCCGGCGGCCAGGUCGUCGUCCUCACCGCUGGGUGCCUGCCACCACCAAACAAGCGCCGCCGAGCGCAUCCCGAGCGCUCCGCGAGAGUUGACUCCCGAAGCACGCCGGCUGGAAUCGCCCUCUCCAGUUCCCCUCUCCGUCCUUCUCCGCUGCGGCCGCCGGCGCUACUACUGUGCAAGGUGCAGAUCCAUUGGGACUCGGAAGCACUUCUCCUUUUGUUGGUGAGGAAGCAGCUGGAUGGAUCGUUCUGAGGGUUAGUCCUGUUCUAGUCUUCAGUUUAUUUGCCACGAGCAGUCAAAUCCAGGCCUUCUCUUGAGGGAUGGACUGCGAUUUGUUUGCUGCGUGGUGGAGCAGCACCACAAGAUUGUUCUCCAGAAUUUUUCGGGGAUCGGCUGAUCCCCCGGGGCCGCCGCCAAUGAAGCCAGCUAUACCGCUUCACCAGAAGCAGGCGGGGCUCGCGGCGAGCAAGCUCGGUGUGGGGACCUCGAAGAAGCACAGGGCUUUUGUAGCCGGCGAUGAGCAGUGGUACAACAAGAUUUUUGAUCCGUCAAGCGACUUCAUCUUGACAUGGAACCGCGUCUUCCUCGUCUCCUGCUUCGCCGCGCUAUUUAUAGACCCUCUCUACUUCUAUGUGCCCAAGAUCACCUACGGUAGCUCCAUUUCUUGUGUUGGGACAGACAUCCAUUUAGCCGUCAUUGUCACUUUGCUUCGAUCAGUUGCCGAUAUGCUAUAUGUCUUGCACAUCAUAAUCAAGUUCAGAACCGCGUAUAUCAAUCCGAGCGCGACUCUGAGGGUGUUUGGAAGAGGAGAUCUUGUCACAAAUCCCAAGGAAAUCGCAUGGAAGUAUUUGAGAUCUGACUUUGCAGUUGAUGUGGUGGCUGCAUUGCCUUUGCCACAGAUCAUUAUCUGGUUUGUGAUACCAGCUAUAAAGUAUUCCACUUCUGAGCAUAACAAUAACAUUCUGGUUCUUAUAGUUCUCGCUCAGUAUCUCCCAAGAUUGUAUCUCAUAUUCCCCUUAACUUAUGAAAUUGUCAAAGCUACUGGAGUUGUCGCAAAGACUGCUUGGGAAGGGGCUGCAUACAACCUGGUGCUCUAUCUGAUAGCUAGUCAUGUUCUCGGUGCACUAUGGUAUUUGCUAUCUGUUGAUCGCCAGACAGCCUGCUGGAAGAAGAAUUGCAGGGAUGAAAUUGGUUGUGCCAUUAAGUUCCUAGAUUGUGAUGACACACCAAAUACUACUUGGGCAAAUACUACUACCAUCUUCAGGAAUUGUAAUGCUAGCAAUGGCACCAUUGAUUUUGAUUUUGGCAUGUUCCUGCCUGCACUGACAAAUCAAGCACCUGCUGAAAGUUUUGUGAUGAAGUAUUUCUAUUCCCUCUGGUGGGGUUUGCAGAAUUUAAGCUGCUAUGGCCAGACUCUUGUUGUGAGUACCUAUCUUGGUGAGACUCUGUAUUGUAUAUUCUUGGCGGUACUUGGUCUUGUCUUGUUUGCGCAUUUGAUUGGAAAUGUGCAGACCUACCUGCAAUCUAUCACCGUGAGGGUUGAGGAAUGGAGAUUAAAGCAAAGAGAUACUGAGGAGUGGAUGAGACAUCGCCAACUACCUCAUGAGCUGCGUGAAAGGGUGAGACGGUUUAUCCAGUACAAGUGGCUUGCCACUCGGGGUGUGAAUGAAGAGUCAAUAUUGCAGGCCCUACCAGCAGAUCUUCGGCGUGACAUUAAGCGCCACCUUUGCUUGGGUCUUGUUCGACGGGUUCCAUUUUUCUCCCAGAUGGAUGAUCAGCUUCUUGACGCCAUCUGUGAGCGUCUUGUAUCAUCACUUUGCACAAAGGGCACAUAUAUCGUCCGUGAAGGUGACCCGGUGACUGAGAUGCUCUUUAUCAUUCGUGGGAAACUGGAAAGCUCCACAACAAAUGGUGGCCGCACAGGCUUUUUCAAUUCAAUUACUCUGAAACCUGGUGAUUUCUGUGGCGAGGAACUACUUGGAUGGGCUCUUGUCCCCAAGCCUACCACCAACUUGCCUUCAUCCACUCGGACUGUGAAGGCCCUCAUAGAAGUUGAGGCCUUUUCCCUCCAGGCCGAGGACCUCAAGUUUGUCGCCAGUCAGUUCAGGCGGUUGCACAGCAAGAAGUUGCAACACACUUUCCGGUACUACUCGCACCACUGGCGAACCUGGGCCUCGUGCUUCAUCCAAGCUGCUUGGCGGCGGUACAAGAGGAGGAAGAUGGCAAAGGACUUGUGUAUGAGGGAGUCAUUCAAUUCCGUUAGAUUAGAUGAAGUGGAUGAGGAAGAUGAAUCUCCAGCCAAGAAUAGUCUGGCACUCAAAUUCAUAGCUAGGACUAGGAAAGUGCCUCAGAGCAUGAAAGAAUUGCCUAAGCUAAGGAAGCCAGACGAACCGGAUUUCUCAGCUGAACCUGAUGACUAAGGUCCUACAAUCCAUACAGUGGUUAUUUCUGCAUCUGCCUCUGACUCUGCUGCUGCACGAAAUGGGUCUAGAAGCGAACUUGAUAAGACCAUGAAUCGAAUUGGGGUCGUCGGUACCAUUUGUUGAUGUGAGGAAGGUAACUCGAAGCUUGAAUUGUGAUGACACUCCUGACUGAGAUAGGUUUUGAACGGUUGUAAGUUAACUAGAUGUUGUUCUCAUGUUGUAAAAAUUCAGACGCCUUGUGCCUAUAGAAUUCUUGAAACCAAAGAAAAAGUACACCGCUACAUAAACUGAUAGCUUACGAAUCUAACAUUGAAGCCUGUGAUUACGCUGUCUGUAACUGUUGAGUCUGUAAAUUGUUAAGGCUGGUUGGCUGUAUUUCUUUCUGAAAAAAAUGUUACACAGAUUGCUGUCA